UAUAAACACAGUCAAGUGACUGCCCCAUGAUUUGAGAUGCAAUCUGUAGAUACAGCGUCAGUGGUUAUGUCUGUGUCCAGUUCUUCACAACCCGACCCCCGGGACCCGGUUUUCACCCCCAGGAACCACCAUGAUAAAGGAAUGGAGGCGUACAAUUGUUUGUGCUUUUCCUUUAUCCUCGUUCUCGGUACUAUUCUAAUCAUCUUUGUAGUGGGUAUUAUAAGAGCCAGUAUGUCGCCGGACGGGUACGAGCUGGGUAACAUGGUGUUUAUGGCUCUGUGUAUCGCCCUCCUCAUCAUGCUGAUUUUGACUUCACUUACCUGUCUGUGCAUGUGUCACAAACAUACUACAAAUAUAGAGGGAGACCCGGGCCAACACAAGAAUGGAUCAAGUAAAGGUGGUGCUUAUUACAUUGUGGGUUGGAACAUGAAAAUUCUAAAACAAUCAGGCAACGAUUGUCCAAUAUGCUGGGAGAGAAUGGAUUCCAACCAUGAACUGAAAGCAAAACUCAUCUGUCAGCAUGUGUUCCAUUUCCGAUGCUGGGAGAAAUAUUCCCGGACAGCUCAGGCUCCGUCCGUGUGUUGUCCCCUAUGCCGAGCCAUACCCAUCAAAUUCCCGGGGGUGGAGCGAAUCAAGUCAGACUUUAAAAUUUUUAUUGAUCACUUCCGAUGUUUUGCACCUCGCAGAAACCCUUCUGAUGACACAGGAGUGGCAAUGAUUAAUGUGUGAUCAUCCCCAAGCUACCCUGAAGCUUUUCUGUGCUACAAGACUUUAACACCCGGCACUGGUAGACAUAGUCAUAUACCCAUGUCUAGUCAUUCGUAGCUUUCAAAAGUGUACCUUAGCAAAAUUUGGAGGUGUUAGCCGGACAUAUUUAGCUCUUACACACUUCUGAGAAUCAGGAGGUCGUUUCUUUGAUGAAAAAGUUUCCAAAGACUUUUUUUUAUAAAUAUGAUUGUGCUGUAUUCAGAGAAGUAAUAACGAAAACUUCGGAAGCGUCCUCUUAUUUUUUUUCAGAAAUAUCUGAAUGUCUCACAGAGAACAGACAUUGAACAGGUCCUGUUGUUCAUUCACUGGUGCUAUAUAGAAUAUGAUCCGGUCUUAUUGUCGCUGCUGAUUAUAUAGUGCUUAUAUUAUAGGCAAUAUUUACUUCGAAUAUUAUGUACAUUAUAGACCGGUGGGCCUUUAUAAUGUAUAAGUACAUGUAUAUAACAGGGUAAAUGUAUACCUCUGUUUUAUCUUUGGUGAUGAUGCAAUUCAUGACAGAGGAAGCGUUCAAUGAGAUUUUAGAGUUCACGGUUGUCAUUCCAUUUAUGUUUCUGUUUUACAGUUUUUAUACAUUGUUAUAAUUUUUAAUAAAUUUUACUACUUUCU